UUCGGUUGACCUGAAAAAUCAAGAGAGUGAGCAAUAUCGAAAGUGUAACUACUUCCCAACUGCUUUCAGUUUCCCGUAACAGGAGUUUCCAGUAAGAUUCUGGUGUAAACAAGCAUCUGUGACACACCCUAAAACAGCCUGUGAUUAUAAAGAUUCUUGACCCUUGUUCGAAGGAGAGCAGCCUUCACUUUCGCUUGUCGUCGAGCCACAGCCAAGGAGUACCGCGCACAUUAACACGGAGCUCUUCAGGUUCUGUGUCCAGAGUUUCCACAAUGGAGUCCCCUAUGUGUUUGAUCGAAAACGCCGGGACCUUGCGAGUCGUCCCAGAAGCAAUGUCUUAUCUUAUGGGGGUCAGUCAGCCCGUCGUGGUUGUGGCCAUAGUGGGAUUGUACCGCACUGGCAAGUCCUACCUGAUGAACAAGCUGGCAGGAAAGCAGAAAGGUUUUGCCCUGGGAGCCACCAUACAGUCCAAAACUAAGGGCAUCUGGAUGUGGUGUGUACCGCACCCUGUUAAAAAGGACCACACUCUGGUGCUCCUGGACACCGAGGGGCUGGGCGACGUGGAGAAGGGAGACCAGAAGAAUGAUGCCUGGAUCUUCGCUCUGUCCAUUCUUUUGAGCAGCACUCUGGUCUACAACAGCAGAGGAACCAUAGACAACCAAGCAGUGGAAAACUUACAAUAUGUCACAGAGCUGACAGAGCGGAUCAAGGUGAAAUCGCCUGCCAGUGCUUUAUCUGCUGAGGGUGAUGACGAUGAGGAAGAUGCCCAGUUUCUGCAGUUCUUCCCCAGAUUUGUGUGGGCUGUGCGGGAUUUCACUUUGUUGCUGGAAAUUGAUGGAAAGAAAGUAAAUGAAGAAGAGUAUCUGGAACAUGCUCUUGCCCUUAAAAAAGGAAGGGACAGGAAGACAGUUGAUUAUAACCUCCCUCGAGAGUGCAUUCGGAAUUACUUCCCAACAAGAAGAUGCUUUGUGUUUGAAACCCCAGCCGCUCCAGAUAAAAUGGCCCACCUUGAGUCCAUUGAAGAAAAUCAGCUCAGUUCAUCAUUUAAGGCUGUUUCUCUUAUGUUCUGCAACUACAUCUACCAGGAAAGUCUAGUAAAAAGAGUGAAAGGUGGACUUCCAGUCACAGGAAGGAUGCUUGGCCAAUUGACAAAGACCUACGUGGAGACCAUUGCUAGUGGUGGUGUUCCCUGUCUGGAGAAUGCUGUGGUGGCCCUGACCCAAAUUGAAAAUGAGGCCGCUGUGCAGGAAGGAUUGCAGGUGUACAGAAAUGGCAUGGAGGAGGUCACCUUCCCAAUAGGCAUUGAAGAGAUGUCCAAACACCACAGACACUGGGAUUCCCAGGCCAUCAAAGCAUUCUCAAGCCGAUCCUUUAAGGAUGAGAAGGGAGAAUACAUGAAAAAACUACUGGAAACUAUCAAUGAAGCUUAUGCUGAUCUUCUUAUUGAAAACGAGGAAGCCUCAGAAGAACUUUGCAGACAGCUGCUUUCACAGCUUUCUCAGCCAAUGGCCAUGAAACUGGAGAACGGGUCCUAUGCUAAAUCAAGUGGGUAUGAGCUUUAUUGUGUGGACCGCCAAGCUUUACUGGAUGAAUACAACAGAAAGCCCAACAAAGGAGUCAAGGCAGAAGAAGUCCUGGAGAACUUUCUAAAGGAAAAGAGUGCAGAAUCUACUUCAGUCAUGCAGGCUGAUAAGCAACUCACGGAGAAGGAGAAGAAAAUCCAUGAGGAGGAGAUGAGAUCUCUCAAGUUGGAGCAGGAGAAGAGAAGGGAAACUCAAGAACGUCAGAUAGCAGAACAGAUGCUUGAGGAGCAAAGUUUACGUCACCAGGAGACCGUACAUCAUCUGAAGGAAAAAAUGAAACGUGAGGCAGCUGAAGCUCAGCAAGAAAUGGAGCUUGCUCUACAGAGUAAGCUUCAGGAGCAGAAUGAGCUCAUGGCUAUGGGCUUCAAAGCCAAGGAAGCAGCCAUGGAAGAGGAGAUUCAGAGGCUGCAAGUGGGGAUCAACGAGGCCAAGCAGAGACAGGAAAUGGAAUUGAUGGGAAAGGUCAAAGACUUCAUGACUGUCAUCUCCACUGGCUUAAACACUUACUACGAUUACAAAAAAACCUGUGAGCAGCGCAAACUGCUGGCACAGAAGCAUCAAAUGAGUACUAAGGGAGUAAAGACCCCAAGGCAGGACACAAACCCCACAAAGAACCGGUCGGGGUCGUCUGUCCAAAAUAAGUCAGCCCAAGGGGUGUCGACACCGAGCCAGAAAGAUGGUACUUCUGUGUGAUUUCAAAGUAAUCUUUUCUGCAUCAAUUUAUUUUCCCCGAUUUCUUUUCAAAUCAUAGGAAUGUUUCAUUGAUGAGUCAACGUGAAAUACCUACCUAAAAUGUCCAAGUACUCCUAAUACUUUAUCCAGUGUAGCAUCUUUGGGAAACCAGGCCCAGUCCUGGGAAACACAAGCCACCUCACAGACUGAAGGUCACCCUAUAUCAUAAGUAAGAUGGGAAAUCUCAAGGGGGUGGGGAAAAAAAGAAGACGAGAAGCUCCUGUCCUAGGUUGCCUUCAAAUGUACGACAGGCACAAGACAGAUGAGGUGGAUGCAGGACAGAUGUAGGAUAAGUACACGACUCAUUUGUGUUCAAGAGAAAUACUGUAUCUUAGAGAACCUGGAACAGUGUGAAACUUAUAUGUGACAAAUAAAAACUUCAGUGUAUUCACCAUG